AUGAAACAUUUGCGUGGUCUAUCUCAUAUGCGCAACCAGCUGAAACCGGCUGACGGCAUCUUGGUGCGGGAGUACUUUUGCGCUAAAGGGCUACGUGAAAUAGAAGAAAUUGGUAAAUAUGGCUGCGGGGUGUUGGAGUGUAAGAUUCAAACGCUCGACUUUUGCAUGUCGAGUGUAAAUUGGUCAGUGAAUGAUUCAGAAUCGGAAAGACUUAGCUGA